CUGAAAUACCCUGAAGAAAAUGAAGAAAUUUUGCUGCUCAGAUCCAUCAUAGAUGUCAAUUUGCCUAAGUUCUUAUCCCAUGAUCUGCCACUUUUUGAGGGCAUUACUUCAGAUUUGUUUCCUGGCGUGAAGCUGCCGAAACCAGAUUACAACGACAUCCUGGAAUCGAUCAAGAUCUACUGCAAGUCCAUGAAUUUGCAAAUGACCAAUUUCUUUGCUGAGAAAAUCUUACAGAUAUUCGAGAUGAUGAUUGUGCGGCACGGCUUUAUGAUCGUGGGAGAGCCCUUCGGCGGGAAGACGUCCGCGUACCGGGUUCUGGCGGCUGCCUUGGGUGACUUGUGUGAAAAAGGACUAAUGGAGGAAAACAAAGUCCAGAUUACUGUUAUCAACCCCAAGGCCGUCACCAUGGGUCAGCUGUAUGGACAGUUUGAUCCCGUCUCCCAUGAGUGGUCUGAUGGUAUCCUAGCAGUCAGCUUUAGAGCAUUUGCCUCUUCACCCUCACCUGACAGGAAGUGGCUCAUCUUCGACGGGCCGGUGGACGCGGUGUGGAUCGAGAACAUGAACACGGUGCUGGACGACAACAAGAAGCUCUGCCUGAUGAGUGGAGAGAUCAUACAGAUGUCCCCGCAGAUGAGCCUCAUUUUUGAGCCCAUGGAUUUAGAAGUCGCUUCCCCUGCAACCGUUUCCAGAUGUGGCAUGGUCUACAUGGAACCCCAGAUGUUGGGCUGGAGACCCGUGAUGCUCUCUUGGUUAAAUCGGAUGCCGGCCACCAUCAUGGAUAUGCAUAAGGAUUUUAUAACUACCUUGUUUGACAGAAUGGUUCCACUUUCCGUUGAGUUUGUUAGAAAAUGUACAAAGGAACUGUCUCCUACUUCAGACACAAAUCUGGUCCGAUCGUUAAUGAACCUGAUGGACUGCAUGAUGGACGAGCUCGCCAACGAGGCCAAAAUUAAAGCCAUGACUGAUCGUGACAUUUUUUCUUGGCUUGAGGGCAUUUUUAUAUUUUCACUCAUAUGGUCCGUCGGAGCCAGCUGCAAGGAGGACGAUCGGCUGAAAUUUGAUCUGAUUGUGCGAGAACUGCUCACUGGGCCGAUGAGCGAGGAGACCAGAGACAAAUAUAAAUUGCUGAGCGGCGUGGAGCGGAUCCCUGCAAAAAUCCUCACCGUCCCCUUCCCGGAAGAAGGAACCGUUUACGAAUACCGGUUUAUCAAAGAAGGAGAAGGGCGGUGGGAGCCUUGGGUGGAAGCCCUUAAAUCAGCCCCGCCGAUCAUGAAGGACAUGCUGUUCAACGAGAUCAUCGUUCCUACUCUGGACACCAUCCGAUACUUUGCGUUAAUGGAGCUGUUGACCAUGCAUCAGAAGCCCUCCAUAUUCGUGGGGCCAACGGGAACCGGCAAGAGUGUAUAUAUUAUAGAUUUUCUUCUAAACCGCGUAAAUAAGGAAAUCUACAAACCCCUGCUCAUUAACUUCUCGGCACAGACGACGGCUGCCCAGACGCAAAAUAUUAUUAUGUCCAAGCUGGACAAAAGGCGGAAAAAAGUCUUCGGCCCCCCUCUCGGGAAGAAAAUGGUUGUGUUUGUUGAUGACGUCAACAUGCCAGCACGAGAGGUAUAUGGCGCCCAGCCUCCAGUGGAGUUACUUCGGCAGUGGUUAGAUCACCGGAACUGGUAUGACCUGAAAGACUGCUCUAUCAUUAAACUGGUGGACACACAAAUCAUCUGUGCCAUGGGGCCACCAGGUGGAGGCCGAAACCCAGUCACUCCUCGAUUUUUACGACACUUCAAUACCAUUACCAUUAAUGAAUUUGAUGAUGCUUCGAUGUAUACAAUUUUCUCCAGAAUACUAGACUGGCAUCUCACCGUAUGCUACAGCUUCCCUCCAGAAUGUGUUGAACUGACUGAGCAGAUUAUCAAUAGCACCAUGACCGUAUAUAAAGAGGCAAUGGAGAACUUGCUUCCCACUCCGACGAAAUCGCACUACUUGUUCAACUUGCGCGAUUUCUCUCGGGUGAUUCAAGGCGUUUGUCUGUCGAGACCUGAAACAACAGAAUCUCCGGGAGUAAUAAAACGCCUUUGGGUUCAUGAGGUCCUUAGAGUAUAUUACGAUCGUUUAGUAGAUAAAGCCGAUCGAUCUUGGCUUGUCAGAUGCAUUCAGAGAGUAGUGGAAAAGGACAUGAAAGACGACUUCAACGAACUUUUUGAGAGACUGGAUUUCAAUUACGACGGGGUAGUGGAAGAAGACGAUUUGCGGAGUCUGAUGUUCUGUGAUUUCCAUGAUUCUAAAAGGGAGGACACAAACUACAGAGAGGUCUUCGGUGUGGAUGAAUUGAGAACUGUUGUAGAGAGCCACCUGGAGGAAUACAAUAACAUGACCAAGAAGCCCAUGCAGUUGGUUUUAUUCCGAUUUGCCAUAGAACACGUCUGCCGAAUUUCCCGAAUUUUGAAGCAGCCUCGUAGCCACGCCCUUCUGGUUGGCGUUGGAGGAAGUGGGAGGCAAUCCCUCACUCGUUUAGCUGCUCAUAUGGCCGAUUAUACGCCUUUCCAGGUCGAAAUAUCAAAGAGCUAUGGAACCAAUGAAUGGCAUGAGGACCUAAAAGUCAUCUUACGGAGGUCCACCGAAGGCGAGAUGCAAGGAGUUUUCUUAUUCACUGACACCCAGAUCAAAAGGGAGUCAUUUCUAGAGGACAUAAACAACUUGCUGAAUGCUGGAGAAGUACCGAAUCUCUUUGCCGUAGACGAGAAGCAAGAAAUAUGUGAAAAGAUGCGUCAGAUAGACCGCCAGCGAGACAAGACAAAGCAAACAGAUGGCAGUCCCAUUGCCCUGUUCAACAUGUUCAUCGACCGCUGCCGAGACCAACUGCAUAUUGUAUUGGCCAUGAGUCCCAUUGGAGAUGCAUUCCGUAAUCGCCUUCGAAAAUUCCCGGCUCUUGUUAACUGCUGUACUAUUGAUUGGUUUCAGUCAUGGCCAUCAGAUGCGUUGCAGGCUGUUGCCACUCGCUCCCUGGAAGACAUUGAGAUGUCCGAGGAAACCCGGAACGGCUGCAUUGAUAUGUGUAAAAAAUUCCAUACUACGACCAUUACUUUGUCUGAAACGUUCUAUGCUGAACUCCAGAGGCACAACUAUGUAACGCCUACUUCCUACCUAGAAUUAAUUUCCACUUUCAAGUCUCUUCUGGAAAAUAAUAGAACUCAGGUGAUGAAAAUGAAGAAAAGGUACGAAGUCGGCUUGGAGAAGCUGGACUCGGCUGCGUCCCAGGUGGCCACGAUGCAGAUGGAACUGGAAGCGUUGCAGCCGCAGCUCAGAACGGCCAGUAAGCAAGUGGACGAGAUGAUGCUCGUUAUCGAGAAGGAAUCCUUAGAAGUGGCUAAAACAGAAAAAAUAGUGAAAGCCGACGAAGCGGUAGCCAACGAGCAAGCACUGGCCGCCAAGGCGAUCAAAGAUGAAUGCGAUGCUGACCUGGCUGAAGCUCUGCCCAUUCUAGAAAGUGCUUUGGCUGCCCUGGAUACUUUGACCCCUCAGGAUAUCACAGUGGUAAAGUCUAUGAAGAGUCCCCCUGCUGGAGUGAAGCUUGUGAUGGAAACCAUUUGCAUCUUGAAAGGCAUCAAGGCCGAUAAAAUCCCAGAUCCGACAGGUAGUGGGAGAAAGCUAGAAGAUUUCUGGGGCCCAGCUAAGAGAGUUCUGGGAGACAUGAGAUUUCUGCAGUCCCUUCACGAGUAUGACAAAGACAACAUUCCUCCAGCUUACAUGAGCAUCAUUAGAAAACAGUAUAUAACCAAUCCCGAGUUUGUUCCUGAGAAGAUCCGAAAUGCUUCCACUGCUGCUGAGGGCCUCUGCAAAUGGGUCAUCGCCAUGGAUUCUUAUGACAAAGUGGCCAAAAUAGUUGCCCCCAAGAAAAUAAAGCUCAAUGCGGCAGAAGGGGAGCUGAAAAUAGCGAUGGAUGGUUUGAGAAAGAAACAAGCAGCCCUAAAGGAGGUCCAGGACAAACUAGCUAAACUUGAAAAGGCACUGGAGUCGAAGAAGCAAGAGAAAGCCGACCUAGAGAACCAGGUUGACUUGUGCAGCAAAAAACUGGACCGAGCGGAGAAAUUACUCGGUGGCCUUGGAGGUGAGAAAACCCGCUGGAGCCAGACCGCCUUGGCACUGGGGAAACAGUACAUCAAUCUGACAGGCGAUAUCCUCAUCUCGUCAGGCAUCGUAGCCUACUUGGGAGCCUUCACAUCCAGCUACAGACAAACCCAAGCGCACGACUGGGUGCUGACGUGCAAGGCGAGGGGCAUCCCGUGCUCCGAUGACUUCUCCCUAACAGCCACUUUAGGAGAACCCGUGAAAAUCAGAGCCUGGAACAUUGCCGGCUUGCCUUCCGACUCCUUUUCCAUCGACAACGGCAUCAUCAUCUCGAAUGCAAGAAGAUGGCCUCUCAUGAUAGAUCCUCAGGGACAAGCAAACAAGUGGGUGAAGAACAUGGAAAAGGCAAACAGCCUGCACGUCAUCAAGCUCAGCCAUUCGGAAUUCGUGAGAACGCUGGAAAACUGCGUGCAGUUCGGCACACCCGUGUUGCUGGAAAACGUGGGCGAAGAACUGGACCCAAUCCUCGAGCCGCUUCUGCUGAAACAGACGUUCAAGCAGUCCGGUAGCAUCUGCAUCCGCCUGGGGGACUCCACCAUCGAAUAUGCUCCCGACUUUCGCUUUUAUAUUACCACCAAGCUGAGGAACCCCCACUACCUCCCGGAAACAUCUGUAAAAGUAACGUUAUUGAACUUCAUGAUAACACCCGAAGGAAUGCAAGACCAACUUCUUGGGAUCGUCGUUGCAAGAGAGAGACCGGAUCUCGAAGAAGAAAAACAAGCUCUGAUCUUGCAAGGAGCGGAGAAUAAAAGGCAGCUCAAAGAAAUAGAGGACAAAAUUUUAGAAGUCCUCUCGUCUUCGGAAGGAAAUAUCUUAGAGGACGAGACCGCCAUCAAGGUCCUAUCUUCUUCCAAGGCUUUGGCUAACGAGAUUUCGGAGAAGCAAGCUGUAGCGGAAGAGACGGAAAAGAAAAUCGAUGACACCCGAAUGGGCUACCGUCCCAUUGCGGUUCAUUCGUCAAUCCUGUUUUUCUCCAUCGCGGAUCUAGCCAGUAUCGAGCCAAUGUACCAAUAUUCCCUCACUUGGUUUAUCAACCUCUUUGUCAUGUCCAUAGAUAAUUCUGAGAAAUCUGAUAUUUUACAAACAAGACUGAAGAUACUCAAGGAUCACUUUACGUACUCCCUCUAUGUAAACGUCUGCCGUUCGCUCUUUGAGAAAGACAAGCUGCUGUUCUCCUUCUGCCUGGAUGUAAACCUCUUGAAGCACGAAAGGAAGGUCGACGAACCGGAGUGGAAAUUCCUGCUCACGGGGGGGAUCGGCCUAGACAACCCCUAUUCUAACCCCUGCCCCUGGUUGCCCCAGAAGUCCUGGGACGAAAUCUGCCGCCUGGAUGAAUUAGCGACCUUCAAAUCCAUCCGAAAGGAAUUCAUGCGCUUGAAGGAAGGUUGGAAACUGGUCUACGACAGCCUGGAGCCGCAGCACGAAGCCUUUCCCGAGAUCUGGCAAGAGAAACUGAGCGGGUUCCAGAGGAUGCUGGUCAUCCGCUGCCUCCGGCCUGACAAAAUCAUUCCAAUGGUGCAGGAGUUCAUCACUGGGGACUUGGGACGGAUGUUCAUUGAGCCACCUCCUUUUGAUUUGUCCAAAGCCUUUGGUGAUAGUCACUGCUGCGCACCGCUGAUUUUUGUGCUGUCUCCUGGGGCGGAUCCUAUGGCGGCCCUUCUCAAGUUUGCUGAUGACCAGGGCUUUGGUGCCUCCAAGCUGACUUCCUUGUCCCUCGGCCAAGGCCAGGGCCCCAUCGCCAUGCGCAUGAUCGAGAAGGCGGUGAAGGAGGGCAGCUGGGUGGUCCUGCAGAACUGCCAUCUGGCCACCUCGUGGAUGCCGAUGCUGGAAAAAGUGUGCGAGGAGCUCAAUCCGGACGUGACUCAUCCCGAUUUCCGCCUGUGGCUCACCAGCUACCCAUCUCCCAAUUUCCCUGUCUCCGUGCUCCAGAACGGAGUGAAAAUGACCAACGAGGCGCCAAAAGGCCUGCGGGCUAAUGUGAUCCGUUCCUAUCUGAUGGAUCCCAUCUCUGACCCAGAGUUCUUUAAUAGCUGCAAGUGUCCUGCUGAAUUCAAGAAGUUGCUGUACGGCCUCUGCUUCUUCCACGCCCUGGUCCAAGAGAGGCGGAAAUUCGGCCCCCUGGGUUGGAAUAUCCCUUACGAGUUCAACGAGACCGACCUGCGGAUCAGCGUGCAGCAGUUGCACAUGUUCCUGAACCAGUACGAGGAGCUGCCGUUUGACGCCAUCCGCUACAUGACUGGCGAGUGCAAUUACGGAGGCAGGGUUACCGAUGACUGGGACCGGCGCACCCUCCGCAGCAUCUUGAACAAGUUCUACAAUCCCAUCAUCGUGACGGAUCCCGACUACAAGUUUGAUUCCAGCGGCAUUUAUUUCGCCCCCCCUGAAGGAGAAUAUCAAAGCUACAUCGACUACACAAAGACUCUUCCUCUGAACCCUGCCCCAGAGAUCUUUGGGAUGAACGCCAACGCCGAUAUCACCAAAGAUCAAUCUGAGACCCAACUGUUGUUUGAUAAUAUUCUUCUGACGCAGUCUCGUGCAUCGGGCGCGGGCGCAAAAUCGUCUGACGAAAUAGUCCGGGAGGUGGCCAGCGACAUCCAAAGCAAGCUUCCGGCUGACUUUAACAUUGAAGCCGCGAUGCGGAGAUACCCAACCACCUACACCCAGAGCAUGAACACGGUUCUUGUCCAAGAGAUGGGGCGAUUCAACAAAUUGCUGCAGACAAUAAGAGACUCUUGCAUCAACAUUCAGAAAGCGAUCAAGGGGCUGGUGGUGAUGUCUGCAGAGCUGGAGGAGGUGGUGAACAGCAUCUUGAAAGGCAAAAUCCCAGGCAUGUGGAUGAACAAGUCCUACCCAAGCCUGAAGCCCCUCGGAAGCUACGUGAACGAUUUCCUCGCCAGACUGAAGUUCUUACAGAGCUGGUACGAGAACGGAACCCCCCCGAUGUUUUGGCUGUCUGGAUUCUUCUUUACUCAAGCCUUCUUAACUGGCGCCCAGCAGAAUUAUGCCCGGAAGUAUACCAUCCCCAUAGACCUGCUAGGUUUUGACUAUGAAGUGCUGGAGGACAAGGAAUACAAGAACCCUCCCGAAGACGGCGUCUUCAUUCACGGAUUGUUCCUGGAUGGAGCUCGCUGGAACAGGAAGACGAAGAAGCUUGGAGAAUCCCACCCCAAAGUCCUGUAUGACAAUAUGCCGGUGAUGUGGCUGAAGCCCUGCAAAAGGUCAGAGAUUCCCGAGAGACCGAGCUACUUGGCCCCCGUGUACAAGACCAUUGAGAGACGAGGAACCCUCUCCACCACCGGCCACUCCACCAAUUUUGUGAUCGGCAUGAUCCUCCCGUCAGAACAGCCCCAGCAGCACUGGAUAGGGCGGGGGGUUGCGCUGCUGUGCCAGCUCAACUCGUAG